GCGUCACCAAGGGCAGCUUCCGGUGCCUCCUCGUCUCCCGUGAUUGUGACGUCACUUCCUAUCCUGUCUCUGGCUUUCGUUUUCCGGCGGGGAAGUGACGUUGUCGCCGGGAGGGGGCGGGGCCAGCCGCGCUCGGAGCCGGGGACGGAGCCCCAGGAGCCAUGGCCGAGAUCAGCGACCUGGACCGGCAGAUCGAGCAGCUCCGGCGCUGCGAGCUCAUCAAGGAGAGCGAGGUGAAGGCGCUGUGCGCCAAGGCCCGGGAGAUCCUGGUGGAGGAAAGCAACGUGCAGCGGGUGGAUUCUCCUGUGACAGUGUGUGGGGACAUCCACGGUCAGUUCUAUGACCUCAAGGAGCUGUUCAGGGUCGGGGGUGACGUCCCGGAGACCAAUUACCUCUUUAUGGGCGACUUUGUGGAUCGAGGCUUCUACAGUGUGGAGACCUUCCUGCUGCUGCUGGCACUCAAGGUGCGCUACCCCGACCGCAUCACCCUGAUCCGGGGCAACCACGAGAGCCGGCAGAUCACCCAGGUGUACGGCUUCUACGACGAAUGUCUGCGCAAAUACGGCUCGGUCACCGUGUGGCGUUACUGCACCGAGAUCUUUGACUACCUCAGCCUGUCGGCCAUCAUUGACGGCAAGAUCUUCUGCGUCCACGGGGGCCUCUCCCCGUCCAUCCAGACGCUGGAUCAGAUCCGUACGAUCGACCGCAAGCAGGAGGUGCCGCACGACGGGCCCAUGUGUGACCUGCUCUGGUCUGACCCCGAAGACACGACAGGCUGGGGCGUGAGCCCGCGGGGCGCCGGGUACCUCUUCGGCAGCGACGUGGUGGCCCAGUUCAACGCCUCCAAUGACAUCGACAUGAUCUGCCGUGCCCACCAGCUGGUGAUGGAGGGUUACAAGUGGCACUUCAAUGAGACCGUGCUCACCGUCUGGUCAGCCCCUAACUACUGCUACCGGUGCGGGAACGUGGCCGCCAUCCUGGAGCUGGACGAGCACCUGCAGAAGGAAUUCAUCAUCUUUGAAGCUGCCCCCCAGGAAACGCGGGGGAUCCCCUCCAAGAAGCCCGUCGCUGACUACUUCCUGUGACCUCCCCCUACCUGGGCUGAGGCAGCCCCUGGCUUCCCAUGCUGGGGAGUUUGGGGGCACUUGGGGGGCUGAUCCUGGCCCUGCUCGUUCCCUGGGGUGUCUUGAACGUGGGGCCGUCCAGAAUCCAGCCCUGCUCUGGGAUGAACUGACUGUUACCUCCCUGCCCCCGUCUCCCUCCCGGUCUGUGUUACCCCUUCCCCUCUGCAGGACCCCCAAAUCGACAGCUGAUUUCUCCAGGUUUCAGUCCCCGGUCUCUUAUUUAAUAUCAGGGCCCCUCUCCCGCAGCAGCCUGCAGCCCCGGCCUGGCUGCAGCACAGCAUCUGCCUUCCCAAACUGGAUCCCACAUAUCGGGGGGAGACCCCAACCCAGCCGGACAUCCCACUACCCUGUGGGUCACCCCACAACUUCAUCUCUCCUGAGGGACCAGUUUCCCCACCCACCCAGUCUCUUUGGGGAGGGGGGGCUAUUCCUACACCCCCAUUUCUCUCUGGGGAGGGGCCCUCCCUUCUGAUCUGUCUCCUCUUGGCAUUUUUAUUUCUUCAGUUUAAUUAUUGUUUCCAAUUUUUGCCUUUUUGUUCAUUUUAGAUAAAAAAAUUCUAAUAAAAAUGGGGAAAAAAACAGAAAAAAAAAUAAAGACAUUUGUACAAAGGA